CAAUACACUGAUGAUUCAUGCAUCGCAACAGUAUCGUGACAGCAGACAACAUGAUCUUACGGGUACUGACUACGUUGAUCGCUAUACACAGCUUGACAGCAGGUGAUGUACUCAAGAUACCCCUUCGUAAAGCCCGUAACAGUGAUAAGGACGUGAGAGCUUCGUCCAACCGUCUACCGGGCGUCGAUGACACAGACAAGGACAUUCGUGACAUAGAAAACAAUUUACGUGGCAAACCUGGGCAGGGUUAUUACAUAGAAAUUGACAUUGGCACUCCACCUCAAAAGGUUAAUGUUCUUGUUGACACCGGCAGUAGUAAUUUUGCUGUGGCAUCUACACCUAAUAGUUUUAUCACAAGAUUCUUCCAAAGAGAAGACUCAUCUACGUAUGAAGAUUUGGGAACAUCAGUACAUGUUCCUUACACUCAAGGUCGGUGGGAUGGAGUCUUGGGGACAGAUCUUGUUUCCAUCGCAAGUGUAUCAAAUGCAACUGCACGUGUCAACAUUGCAAGUAUAACUGAUUCUGAACAUUUCUUUAUUAAUGGAUCAAACUGGGAAGGAAUUUUGGGAUUGGCUUAUGAAGAGAUUUCCAGGCCGGAUUCAUCAGUGGUCCCGUUCUUUGAUUCUUACGUUACAAGUAGCGUAUUUGCAUUGCUGCUAUGUGGCACAGUAGGGUCUGUGUCUGAGAUGGGUGGUACUAUGACUGUUGGUGGAAUUGAUGAAGAAUUGUAUACUGGUAGUAUAUUUUAUAGCCAUAUAAGAAAACAGUGGUACUAUGAAGUUGUAAUCACAGAUAUGGAAGUUGAUGGUAAAAGUCUUGAAAUGGAUUGUAAAGAAUACAAUUUUGACAAGACUAUCGUUGACAGUGGUACAACUAAUUUAAGAGUCCCUUUAAAAGUUUUUAACAGAAUUGUCAAAGGCAUUGACAGUACAAUCAAUGUCACCAUUACACCAGGUUUCUGGACAGGGGCAGAGCUAAUGUGUUACGGGGAAGAUGUAACACCUUGGCAAAUAUUUCCUUCUUUUUCAAUUUCAUUACUUUCUGAAAAUCUAAGUCAAGUUUAUAAAUUAAUAAUAUCACCAAAGCAAUAUAUGCGUAAAGUAGAUGAUGUCAGUAACACAAUAAAUGAUUGUUACAAGUUUGCGAUCACCACGUCAGCUUCGGGCACAGUCAUUGGUGCGGUUAUCAUGGAAGGAUUUUAUGUCAUAUUUGAUAGAGAAAAUCAAAGAGUGGGAUUUGCCGCAUCAAGUUGUGCUGCUGAUGACUCAACAAUUUCACCACAAGUCUUGGGUCCAUUCUCUUAUGAUAACUCAUCGGAUUGCGCUUACCACAUCCCAGAAAACAACGAAGCUACAUUGAUGGUCGUAGCGUACGUCAUGGCAUCAAUAUGCGGUAUAUGUAUGGUGCCGUUAUUUAUUAUGGUAAUGCAGUGCUAUCAGAAAAAGUCGAUCGAGAAAAAAAAUGAUGGGGAAACAUUGAUCGAUGACUAAGAUGAAGUAUAUAUGAUUUAUUUUUAAGCACCUUGAUGAUCAACAAUGUAAGAAUCGCCGAUAAAAUUUAACUACUUUACUAUAGCAUGUUACUAGGAUUGUCCAAUCACAACUCAAAUGAUUUCCUACCUCUGUGUUCACGUCUAUCAUUGUGAUCAGAUAAAAGAUAUCUUCAGCAUGACAAGCAGAAUUUCUCUUCAUGCAGCACUGGUAUCAUUUGAAAUAAUAGAAAAGCUUACUCAAAAUACAUGUAUUCUAAUUGCAUGACAAAUUUCCUAACCGUAGUUUUAUUUCUCAUUUGAAGUAGGACCAGUCCUACAAGCAAUUAGAAUUUUACCAUAUUAACUCUUUUGUGUUUUCGGGUCCAUAAAUUAAUUUAAAAUCAUUUCUUAUAUUAAGUAGU